AUAUUGACAUUUUGACUGUGGUUUAUGGUGUUGGCUACUUUCUUAUAGCUUUUGCUUUAGUUCUUAAGUUUGCUUUUAAAAAAAGUGUUAUGCGUUAAGAAUAAUUGUAUUCCUAUUCAAAAUGGGCUCUAUUGAAAAUUUUACAGUUUAACUAAUCAAGAGAUUUAAACAUGUGGAAAUAUGUAUCUCGUCGGAUCAGAGACACUUGUGAGCGUGCUAAUAUAAGAAGUUCAGCUGUUAUUUCUUCUAGUAACAAUGUGACAGUUGAUAGAAAGAAUACUACCAGCAACACACCUUGCCGUUGGUUUAUCUUAAGAAAAUGUUGUAAUUACCAGUCUGAUUAUGAUACCAAGAGCAAGAGAUGGAACUUUGAUGAAUUAAACCGCACUUGGAUAGGUGCCAUUACAUGGAGUAGUGCACUAGUAUUUGGAUGGUACACUAGUCAAUUGCUCCACCUGAAGUUUAAAAACAAAAAUGAGGACAGAGCUCAGCCACAGCCAGUUCAAAGCAAGAGUUGUUUUUUGGAUCACUUUGGAUGUUUGAUAAAUAGCAACAAGAAAUAUAUAAAACCGCUAGAAAUAAACGGUUCCCUUGAUAAUUCUCUUGAAAAAUCACCGAUUGUACAUUUGGUAACAAAUGAUCAUGCCGGGGGUGAUAAACAAAGGUUGAACAGUUGUAGCACCGAUAGUGGAACUGCUGACGAUGAUUUGGGUGAAGUUCUAAAUUCAAUAGAGAACAGACUCGGUCUGGCAGCCAUUGAAAAUGGACAACAUCAAGAUGGUCUUAACUUACUGAGGUCUGCAGCAAAUCGCAACCACGCCCCAGCUUUGUACAAUUUGGGUCUCUGUUACGAAAUUGGUGUCGGAGUUGAUGUCGAUGAGAGAACAGCCAUGGAGAUGUAUAGGUUGGCGGCAACAUUACAUCACCCGGAUGCCCUCUACAACCUUGGAAUUUACUAUGGACAAGGGAGAGGUGGUUUGGUCUGUGACCAAGCGAUAGCCACCCGACUGCUCCGCCUUGCUGCUAUUCAAGGCCAUAAAAAUGCCAUAGAAGCCCUCAAGACCCUCAACAUUGAUAUAUCAGAAAAACCCCCAGAGAGAGAUGGCUGGACAAAACAAUUUUCACCUUUUGUAAAAGAAUCAAAUAUAUUACCGAGUCACACUAAUUUAUUUGUUGAUAAUGUUGGCAUUUCGCACUACAAUUAUGAGCCGAUCGUUUUUUAAUUUUUUUUCAUCAAAGGGUGGAAGGUGUUUGUCAUAUGUUAAUGUUGAGGCGCUAAUAAUUGUUUGUAAUUUUUAAUAUGCUUGAGCAAGUUUCUCAAUAAACGAACAAAAUAAAUGAUUAUAUUUAGUACAUAUAUCUAUUGAAAGUGGCAAACUACUAGAAUUGUAUAGUUAUAACAAACCUAUCACUUGUAUCACGUUAAUGCUUACUUGGUUUACAGACGAAAAAUAUGUUUUACUUCUCAUCACGGAUCUCCCAUCAAGAAAUGUUUAAUAAUUGAGAACAUUAGUAAUUAAAAUUUUUAUACUUA